AUGGCCUUCCUCGUACCCCUGGCGGCUCUCGUCGCGCUGCUAGCGGCCGCCGCCAUUGCAUGGCUGUGGGAUUACGCCGUCGUGCGCCUCGUGUGGAGGCCCUACGCCAUAGGCAAGGAGCUCAGGGGCCAAGGGAUCCAUGGGCCUCCCUACAAGUUCGUCAGAGGCAGCAACGACGACAUCAAGGCCAUGAAGGAGGAGGCGGAGGGCUUGGUACUGGAUGUUCACGACCACAACCACCUCCCAAGGAUCGCGCCGCACUACCUCAGGUGGAGGGCUCAGUAUGGAGAACCGUUUCUAUACUGGUUUGGGACGAAGCCCCGAAUUUGCAUCUUCGACUACGAGCUGGCUAGGCAAAUUCUUUCAAGCAAGUCUGGGCAUUUCUUGAAGACUGAUCCACCCUCUACCCUGCUGGAUGUGGUGGGCAAGGGACUAGCCUUGUUGGACGGCAUAGAUUGGGUGCGCCAUCAUAGGGUAAUCAAGCCUGCUUUCGCCAUGGAUAAGCUCAAGAUGAUGACAACAACGAUGUUGGCUUGUGCUCAAAGCAUGAUCAAGGAGUUGGAAAAUAAAGCAUGCCAAAGCAAGAAUGGAGAAAUAGAAGUGGAUUUCGACAUAGAGUUGAGAGAGCUCACAGCUGAUGUUAUAUCCCAUGCCGCCUUUGGAAGCAGUUACAAGUUAGGGAAACAAGUAUUCCAGACACAACAUGCCCUGAUGGCAAUCUACUUGGAAAGUCUCCUUGAUGUUCAGAUACCAGGAUUAAAGUACCUUCCUACUGAGAGGAAUCGGCGCAAAUGGAUGCUUGAAAAGAAGCUUAGGAGCUCGCUUCUGCAAAUCAUACAACCACGAUUAGCGUCUACCUGCCGUGACUACGGAAACGAUCUGCUCGGUUUGAUGCUUGAGUCUUGCAUUGCAACAGAGCAAGGAGGAAAGAAAGGCGAUCUCAGCAUGAGCAUCGAUGAGAUAAUACAUGAGUGCAAGAUGUUCUUCUUUGCUGGUCAUGACACCACAUCGCUUCUUCUAACAUGGGCAAUCUUCUUGCUCAGCGCAUACCCCGAAUGGCAAGAAAGGCUCCGGAAGGAGGUUUUCAGGGAAAUUGGAAGGGAACAGCCCAGUGCCGAUGCCCUUAGCAAACUGAAAGAGACGACGAUGGUUCUCCUCGAGACAUUGAGGCUCUAUGGCCCUGCUCUUUUCAUGCAAAGAAAGCCCGUCACUGAUAUCACAGUGGGAGCAACAAAACUGCCCAAGGGCGUAACGGUUGUCAUACCCAUUCCUAUUAUGCACCGAGAGAAGGAGGUCUGGGGUGACGAUGCGGGUGAAUUCAAUCCACUGAGAUUUGAGAAUGGGGUGACAAGAGCAGGAAAGGUUCCGCACGCCAUGAUAGCGUUCUCAAUGGGACCGAGGUCAUGCAUCGGCCAGAACUUUGCAAUGUUGGAAGCCAAGUCGACGCUGGCCCUGCUUCUCCAGAAGUUCUCGUUCACUCUUUCCCCUGACUAUGUGCAUGCCCCUGCAGACGUGUUUUCGCUGAAACCCAAGUUUGGCCUUCCCGUCAUCGUGAGGCGGCUGGAUGCAUGAGCUUACAAUAUUUGACAUGUAAAAUGUCAUACUUUCUUAGAAUUUGCGAACCUGGUGAGUUACCUUAGAUGGUAUGUGGUGUAUGUAGAGAACGUACAAAUCCAACAUAAAGAAAAUAAUGGAAUAUUCUCACUAGAAGCACUUUGUUGUAAAGUCAUUCAGAAUGGAGUCACAAAAGCAGCAAAGGUUCCUCA